UCCAAGUUGCUAUGGAGACGUUUGAUAAGAAUCUUCAAUUGGCACAAGGUUUCAAGAAAGAGCUGACCGCCUACUGUCAGUUGCACCAUCCUAACAUCAUUCCUGUAAGCGGUGUUGUUAUGUCCAAUGAUAUGGCCAUCCGAAUUGCGAUGGAGCUUUUUCAAGGAUCACUUACUGAUCUCAUAAAAGUAGCCAGUGAUUCAAAGGGCGAACCUAGCUAUCUAUCAUUUCGAGAGAAGAUCGACAUAGCUACAGAUACCACAGCUGCUGUUAUGUACAUGCAUCGUGUCCGUCCUCAAUUUUAUGUUCAUGGUAAUAUUCGUAGUGCCAAUGUGAUGAUCACUUCUAAUAUGGCAGCAAAAGUGGUUGCUCUUGGUGCAAGUCACAUGUUCAAUAGCAUCGCUUCUCUGAGUGCACUGGAUGCUAACUAUUGUGCACCUGAGAGAGUUGGUGGUAGUGAUGGUGGCUCAGCUUACAGCACACGCGAGGCUGAUGUCUACAGUUUAGGGGUGACUCUGACCGAGUUGUUUACUGGUUUGCAACCAAUUUCUUCAGAGAGGCAGUGUCAAAUAGAACGGGUUGAACAUCAUGGUCUGCAGGAUCUGUGUUUCAAAAUGACGUAAUGAAUCAUGUCAACAACCAACAGCUGAGGAAGCUUUUCACAAUGUGAAAGACCAAAAAUCAACAGCAAUAUACCGAUCAACUGAACGAAGAAGAACUGUUAGAGGACAUUUGGAAAGUGAGAGCAUGAAGCUGGGGUCAACAACAGAAGCAGCUUUCAAGAAUGCAUUUCUACUUUAACUAACAUUACAUUAUAGUAGGGCAAGUCUAAGGAUAUUGUCAUAGCUGGAGUAUUUACAUUGGUUCUAACGUUUUGCUUGCGCCAUAGACCUACAGUUUUCAGUCAUGGCUCUGUAAUGUGUAUCAUGAUUGUAUGCAAAAGACUUUCUUAGCUCAUGCAUGCUGUUUAAUUGCUGGUAAUGUUUCUAAGUUGAAAGCAAUUUUCAAAUAUAUAACUGUUA